AUGCACAAGAUCUCCAACUUUACGGGCCAGGCCCGGCAUGGUUGGGAACGGAUGACGCCCACCUUUGGGAUGUCUAGACCGCACACCGACAUGGCCUUUCGUCGACCCCAUGGUGCUCCUCCAAUGACGCCUCCGACCAGCAUCGAUCCUACCGUUAACUUGUCGUUCAACGUCCCCUUCUCUUCCACCUUAGCCGGCCCCGACGUCGAAGAUGUGCUACACGCCAGUCCCGCCGCCCUACAACGCUGGACUUUCCCCGAAGGCACUCCAGAAGGUACCCCCGUGCACCAGCUGCCCGUACACACAAGUAACGUCGAAGGACUGGGGAGACUAUGUCGACAGAUCACAGAGAGCAGUGGGGGACGUAUUGAAGCGACACUUGUAUCAUCAGAGCCCAAGGCUGUCCCGUCCCUACAACGACGGCCAAACGGCUUGGUGACUAAUGUCUGUGUUACCGGUGAUGGAGAGACUGUGCGGAAAAUGCGGGCGAAGAUUUUGAACGAGACCCCGAUUAUGCUGCGAUGCGCAACCGUCGACGUAGAUAUGCAUCUGAUCAUGGAUGGAUCACCAAACGGCAUUCGAGCAAGCGUGCUGGAGCACAUGGAUACACUGGCUGCUUACACUGGGACCGACAUUUUCUUACUGACACCUAAACUUCACGAUGCUGACAGUGCGGUUGUCUCAUCAUACGGAUACGCAUCUGACAAUGGUCUCGAGCAGCGCUUCCGAGUUGCUAUUUACGGUGACAUGGAGAGCUCAGAGCAUGCCAAGACGCGAGUCUUGAUCAUGAUUGAUCAAAUUCUUAAACGCCACGUUGAUGCCAUCAAGCUUGAGUUAACGAUGCACACGUUGGUGUGUGGCCGUACUCGCAAGAACAUCAAGCUCAUCGAGGCUGCCACCGGCACAGCUAUCUACUUCCCUCCACCUUUUCCUCGAAUUUUCGGAUAUACCCCACCGGGCGCCAGCCGUCGAAGCGAAGACGAAGUCUAUAUCACGGGUGAGACACCGGAACAAAUCAGUCGUGCGAAGCAAAAGCUGCGUGAGCUAGUGCUGGGCGUCAAGAUCUAUGUGAAGGACGUAGUCGUCAAUUCAAGCAAGAUUGACAAUAUCUUGCUCGAUCGUUUGGAUAAGGUCCGCAAAGUGAUGGAGAUGAACGGCUCGUACGUUCUCUUCCCACAGCUAGGCAGCCAGCGUGGUAUGGUUCGGAUCCAAGGUACUGAGGUCUUGCACGUGGAGCGAACUGUUCGGGAGAUCAUGGCCUUGGCGGGUCAAUUCUAUAGCGCAUCUUGGUGGAUCAUCAUGCCCGACCCCGCGCAAGGCGGUGUUCGACCCCCUUCCACCCCUGACGUGCGAGCAAUGCUUUCGGACAUCUGUAUCAACUCCGAGGCUGAAGUUAGCUUCGACAACCUCACCUUCACCAUCAACGGGUCUGACGACGCGGUGAAGGCUGCCAUGACCGUGGUGAACCAGAUUCCUUUCGUCACUCGAAGCCAGUAUCAGAUGCGUGUGAAGAUUGAGCUUGCCAACGAGCACAAGGAAUUUGUCAGUGGCAAGAAGAACGGCAAGAUCAACAAGAUCAUGGGCCAAAGCAAUGUGCAAAUUAUUUUUGAUGGAUUCAACGAGUACAAUUUCUAUAUUGAUGUGUGUGGCAACCAGUACGACUCAACGAAGAAUGGUUUGGAUCUGGUCGAGCAAGAAAUGCCGGCCUCGAUCUCCUUCCAUGUGCCCGAUCAGUAUCACAAGCGGAUCAUCGGUAUCGGUGGACAGCAUAUCCAACGCAUCAUGAAGAAGUACUCUGUUUUCGUCAAGUUUUCCAACGCCAUGGACCGCGGUGGCAUGGGCAAGGAAGAUGAUGAUAUCAAGGUCGACAAUGUGAUUUGUCGAACUCCCGCUCGCAAUGCCCAGAGCCUGGAUCUCGUGAAGCAGGAGAUCAUGGAUAUGGUCGAGAAAGUCGACGCCGAGUAUGUCUCGGAGAGAGUCGUCAUCAACCGACUGUACCACCGCGAGCUGUUGGCUCGUAUGACUGAGAUUGACGAGUUGGAGAAGAAAUGGAACUGCAAGAUCGAAUUUCCAAGCACUGAGCUUGCCAGUGAUGUCGUGACCAUCUCUGGCCCUGAGUACCAGGUCCCGCAGGCCGUUGAUGCUCUACUGGGUAUGGUACCAGAAAGCCACGAGCUUCACUUCCAGAGUUCCGUUGAGCUGCGAGAGCACUUCAAGUCCUCUGAUUUCCUUGAGGACGUCCGUACUAAGCUCAAGGAGCAGUACGAAGUCGACAUCAAUGUUGACACCACUGCCGACCUGCCUGACACCGAAGAAAGCUCUUCCUCCUCGCCUGAGCCUGGGCCCGAAGAUCGUGUUGUCCUCGGCUACACUCGGAACAAUGCCGGUGGUCUCAAGGAUGCUAUUGAUUUCCUGAUUUCCCGCCUUGUUGCUCACGGGCUUGAUGCCACAACCGUUAAGGGCGCCAUUCCUCGGCCCAAGUCAGAUUCGUUUGAGGAGUCGCUUCCUUUCUUUGACUCUAAGCUGCUGCAGCACGCCCCAGCCCCUCUGGUGACAGAUUCGCCUACUCGUCCUAGCUUCAUCGACGACACCAGCGAGCGCGGCUCGAUCUUCGAGCGCCUUCGCAAGCCCGGCAGCAUUUCGUCCUUUUCGUCGUUCAUCGGCCGUAAGAACCACUCUGCUUCCCCAGCCUCGUUCUUCAAACACGCGUCCAGCAAUGCCUCCAAGGCUUCUCUUGUGUCUAUGGAAUCCCGCGACAGCGGAUAUCGCAACCCUUGGAAUGAUUCCGGUGUGAAUCUCCCCGAGGACGACAUUCCUGUCUUGGGAAGCUCUCAUUCCCACAAGAGCAGCAAUAGCAUUGGCUGGCCUUCGCGUUUCGAUACGAAAUUUCCCUUCGGCACGGCACCGGGCGACAUGACCCCCAAGCAUGACCCGCGCGCCUCUUUUGACAGCGGUCGCCCUAGCACUUCGAAUUCUACUUCUGGAUACCCGGCCCCUAUUGGGCCACCCCGUUAA